CUGAAUUGUGAUGUAUGCCCAUGUCAGUUGCGACCGACAAACGUUAUGAGCAAGUUGAUUCUGUUGACUUGGCUGUUUUGCUAUAUCUUAAACACAAUUUCUGGAGCAGAACUACCUGGAGAUGUGCAAAAAUGCUCAUUUGGAAACUCCACAUGCCUGGUUCGGUCCAUCAAUACACUGAUCAAGCUUUAUCCAAAGGGCAUUCCUGCGAUCGGUCUGCCCCCGUUGGACUCCUACCACUUCCCGGACACCAUCGUUCUGGACUCACCGAAUCGGCCCAUCUAUCUGAACUUUAACAUGCGAGACAACGUAAACAAGGGUUUCGAGAACACGACGGUUACCCAUGUGGAGGGCUUCCUGCGGGAGCCCAACCAGAAGCAGAUCCUGAUAAAGGCCCAUCUUCCGCGCCUUCUGCACUUGGCCACCUAUGACUUGGAAGGCCGGUGGCUGUUCUGCCACAAAACCUCCGGCACUCUGCAGUCCGACUUCCAGGACUUCCGGGUCACUUUGACCCUGAAGGUGAUAUUGGAGUACAGAAACAACAAGAGGUAUCUGAAGGUGUACGAUCUGGAGCCCAGCAUCAACUUGGGUCGCUGGAUCAUUUGGUUCGAUGACCUGUUCAAGGAAAACUUCGAUUUGACGGUUGCGAUGAACGCGGUUUUCAACAGGCACUGGGUGGAAUUCUGGAAUGAGCUGCAUCCGGGUCUAAAAAAGUCCUUCUCAAACGGCUUUACAACCAUCUUGAACAGAGUAUUUGAGAACGUCGCCUAUGACGACAUGUUUUUGCCCGAUCGUUGAUUGGGUUUUUUUUAGCUACGUACUGUGCAAGCUUAUAGAGUUACGUACAAAUUUGGAAUCAAUUGGAGUGGAAUCGAUUUUGCGAAUUAAGUGUAGCAGAGAGCAAUUGUAAAUGAGUGCGUUCAGUACUUAUGACCCACAAUUAUCAAACUGUUGUUACAAAAGUUUAAAAUAAAAUAAAUGUAAUUGGUAUGCUAGCACUUUAAAAGUUAUGUAGCUUUGAUUUUAGGUAUUUCGUGGCCUAGAAUUUAAGGUUUUAAUUACUUUAAUAUUGAUUUAAGGAAAAUUGUCGCUUACCUUGCCUUGUACGGCCAUUUAUUUGUAUACAUUUUACAUUUCCCGUACAUAUAAAUAUAACCCGUUACGUUAAAAGGGUAAAUUAGAUUCGUCGAAAGCAUGUAACAGGUAAAAUGAAGCGUUUCUGACCCUAUAAAGUAUAUAUAUUCUCGAUCAGGAAUACUAGCCGAG